AUGACCGCAAGUGUUUUAGCAUUUUAUGGCACAUUGAAGCUUAAAAAAUAUUUCCUUUUACCUUUGAUCUUCUUUGAAUUCUGUCGUGUUAUCUACUGUUUGGGUUGUCAUAUUUUACUGAUGACUGUUUCUAAGAGUCGUCUCAAUUUGGGCAUGUUAAUAACUACUACCUUGGCGGGAGGCUUUUUAAUACUUUUCCUUGGCUACAAUUGGGCCACUUGUGUGGCUUUAUAUCAAAUCAUUACCCUCAUCAAUACCGAACGUUAUAAGUCUCUGUAUGGUGAUGAUCCUUUCAAGCCCUUAAUACCCAAAACCUAUAACCCUUUGGUAACCGAAAAUGUCCGGGUUCUUAUAACACCCAAUGCUCAGGACAUAGAUGAACAGAAAAAACGUAAUGCCUUAUUAAAUGCCGCUAACAGAAAGAGUUUACCCCAGCCGCAACCCAUAAUCUCGGUAUUGCCCGUUAAUUAUUUGGAAAAUAAUCUAAAUUCUCAGAAAAAUAAUGCAAAAUGGAAACAAAGUCAAUGGCCUACUACCACUGUGCAGACACCACCUACGGCUCAACGAUAUCCACCGCCCACUGGAUAUAAUCCCUCGCUUAGGCGUAAUGAGAAUAAUUACGGGGUGAAUUAUAAUAAUUGGCAGUGGUCAGAAUUGGCACCAGCCGUUUCAGCUAGAAAUAAGAGAAAUAUUUAUAUGGGUUCAAAGUGGAAUUAUUAG